AGUAGAAGUUGUGAACUUGGACCAAAUUUUGUGCGAUUUUACCCGCCCUUGUGAGGCAUUAAGAAUCUUUAAGGGAACUUUGAUAACAAGAUGGCUGAAACGCCACCUGAGCAGUUGCCACCGCUACAAUAUGCGGCUUUGCAAUCCCGACUGCCGUUCGAGUCUCUUACCGAUCAGGAGAGUGCACUUUUUACAGAUGCCCUUAGGCCAUCUGCCAAUACGGCGCAAGUGACGAAGCUACUCCUAUACGUACGAAAUCGCAUACUGCAGUUAUGGUUGGAAAAUCCAAAGCAUCAACUGUUGCUAGACAAUGCGAUCAAACAACUGGAAGCGCCCUAUUCACAGCAAAUGGAUCGCCCGAUAGCUCAGAAGAUGUUUGCUUAUUUACAAAGACAAGGCUAUAUUAAUUUCGGCGUGUUUGAGCGGAUAAAGGUGCUUGCGCCGCCUACGAAGAAGAAGAUUCUAGUUAUCGGGGCUGGAAUCUCAGGGAUAACGGCAGCACAGCAACUGAGCUACUUUGGCUUCGAGGUGACCGUUCUCGAGGCUAGAGAUCGAGUGGGAGGCCGCAUUGCCACCUAUAAACGGAACAACUACAUUGGAGAGCUGGGAGCUAUGGUAGUCACUGGUUUAUUAGGCAACCCGAUCGCAGUGUUGGCAAAACAAAUUCCCAAUAUGGAUUUGCAAGACAUGAAAGCCCUUUGCCAACUAUUUGACCCUACCGGUAACAAGCUAUCACCUGAAAAAGACAUUAGGGUGUACCAGGAAUUUCAACGUCUACUGGAAGCCUCGAGCUAUCUGUCAAAGGAACUCGACUUUAAUUACGUAAAUAAUCAACCGGUCGCUCUGGGACAGGCACUAGAGUGGCUAAUUAAGCUUCAGGAGAAACGGGUCAAAGAGAAACAGGUCGAACAUUGGAAAAGCAUGAUUGAGCUUCAAGAACGAAUGAAGGCCAAUCAAAAGGCGAUGCGCAAUUUGAAAGAACAUAUGGCGCGUAUGUUUGCAGCCCAGAAGGAUCUUGGGGAAGCCAAAAGCCAAAGGACUAUUAAUGAGGAAUUUAUAUUUAGGAGUAAGAUUUAUGAUUUGAAGCAAUGUGUCAAAGAAUGGGAGAACCUAAAUGAGCAGCGCGUUCAAAUGGAGUGCAAACUCGAGGAACUUGAAAAGAAACCUCCGAGUGACGUUUAUCUCAGCCCUCAAGACAGACAGGUGUUGGACUGGCACUUUGCGAAUUUAGAGAGCGCCAAUUCGGCCACACUCGAUGACCUUUCGCUCCGCAAUUGGGAUCAAGACGAAGAAUUUAAAGGAGAUCAUAAAAUUAUUCGAAAUGGAUAUACAGUCAUUCCUAUAUCAAUGGCCCGAGGAUUGGAUAUCCGUUUAAGCACAGCGGUCAAGCAUGUCCGUUACGAUAAAGAUGGAGUUGAGAUUUUGGCUCAGUCGACAAAAACAACAGGAAACGGUACGUCGGCCCCUCUCGAAACCUUUAGAGGGGACGCGGUGCUGUGCACCCUUCCCCUGGGGGUUCUUAAACAAGCGGAUCCAUCUCAGGGCAAUAUUGUACAUUUCGUCCCGCAGCUGCCUGAAUGGAAGACAGCCGCUAUCGCUAAGAUGGGUUACGGUAAUUUAAAUAAAGUAUUAUUGGCCUUUGACAAGAUUUUCUGGGAACCGAAUCUCCCAGUUUUUGGUCAUAUUGGCUCAACGACUGCAUCACGUGGCGAACUAUUUACGUUCUUCACUAUUUCACCCAAAGUUCCUGUUCUGCUUGCCAUCGUGUCUGGAGAGGCUGCGAACGUUAUGGAAGAGGUGAACGAUGAUGUAAUUGUAGGUCGAUGUGUAGCAGUCCUUAAGGGAAUGUACGGCUUGGGAAAUGUACCACAACCAAAGGACAGUGUCGUCACUCGAUGGCGUAAGGACCCGUAUGCUCGUGGCUCGUUUUCUUACGUAGCAAAAGGUGCUUGCGGACAAGAUUUCGAUCAGUUAGCUGAGCCAGUUUGCGCACUUCUUGCUGAUUCGAAGGAAUCGUCUGCCUCAUCAUCCGUUGAUGGCGGUGCCUCGUCAUCCCAGCUCGCCCGCGUGUAUUUUGCUGGCGAGCAUACGUCGCGUAAAUAUUUCAGCACCGUGCACGGAGCAUUGCUCAGUGGGCUUCGGGAGGCUGCAAGGAUCUGCGAUGACUUCCACGGUCCCAUCGUUUAGAAAAUGCCCAACAAAAUUGAGCUAAUUCCGUUAGUAUAUUACGAGCAGAAGCACAAACACUUGUAACAGUAUAUAGCGUCGCCAAGGGCGCCUUCAAGCCUAAACGAUUCAGUUCGGAUCUAGAAACGUCAAUUAACAUUUUUUGGAAGUAAGCGUUUCGUAUGUGUAGGUAAUAAAAAGGUCGAUUACUUUUGUGUAGAGAUGGCACAUACCUUUGCCACUUGGUUACACAUAAGAAUUCCUACGCUGAAUUGACGACAUGCGUUUCUUUCAUGAAGGAUUUGCAAUCUAGAGAGUAAGUGCUCAGCAGCGGGAGUCAACGCAUAUUUGUGUGAGAAGUCCAAUGGUUCAAUAACGUUGUUGAGUGUAGUGCGACAUCGGAUUUUUAAUUAUUAGGUGUCUCAAUCUUUUUUUUUAAUAAUAUUUUUCCGUUCUACGCAUAUACAAACGAAUUAAACAACCGUGUUGAUCUUAUAAGGAUCGCCGGUGAUUAAUUAGAUCAUUUUAAAGUUCGUCAAUCGAUCUUCGAAAUAGAUUAGUCUAAAAUAGAGAAACAGCAUUAUGAACAAAUUUAGCAUGCCUAAAAUGCCUGCUUUAGUAGACUAUAGUACCCUGUUAUACCCUGUUUCUAGACAAUAUAAGAUCGCGUUUAUAAAAAGCAUAGGUGCUGUUACAAAGCCUUCGUUAUCGAAGCGAGAAGGUUUAACAAAUUCGGGCGAAGGCCUAACGAAGGAGUACUCUAAUUUCAAGCUUCAAGGAAAUUGAACGCAAAAUUAUACGUCUAUAACCAAUGCGAACAUUUUUUUAAGUCAGACUGUGCAAUCCUUGACAUCGUAUGCACCACUAGAAAAAUCGUAUUAUUUGAUAGGGUUCAAAUAUCGUAAGUGGGUUGUAAAUGUGUCGUUUUUUUUUCUUUUACCGAUUAUUUUUGUCGAAUUACAAAAUAGAUUCUUAGAGACAUGGGUAACAAAUGCAACACGAGGAGCUUCUUGAAUAGGUGAAACAUGCGGCGUCGGUAUAUUUAACCCUACAUAAGGGCUCGUGUAACGUUAUUGUAUGUAAAUUGUAAAUCAUCUUAGUCGAUAUGACCCCAUCCAGUCUGUGUGACAACCACUAUAAAAGUACCAUUGAUAAUAAAUACCUUUCAGUGGAACAUCA